GUUGACUAGGGUUUGUGAGUACUCCAACAGGCUAGGUAAUGCAAUUUUCUCUCUCUCUCUCUCCAUUUUUUGGUUAUAAUCGCAACUCGUUAGGUUUGCGGAAAAAUCUUUAGUGGCAGCACCUCAAACACCAAACCUGGCAAUAAGAGAAACAGAGAGAAAAUCGUAACCCUAAUCCGAUUUCAAACAAGAGCAAUGGAAUCUGCGUCUCGAAGAAGUGGAGGAGGCAUCUUCGAAGCCCUUUACAAGGUCCUCAUGCGCCGCAAUUCCGUCUAUGUCACCUUCGUCAUCGCCGGCGCUUUCGUCGGUGAACGGGCUGUGGAUUAUGGAGUUCACAAGCUCUGGGAGCACAAUAAUGUUGGGAAACGAUAUGAAGAUAUUUCUGUGCUAGGGCAAAGGCAAUCCGAAGAGUGAAUUGUUGGACCAUCUUUUAGCUAUUUUGAGGUUUAUUAUUCAUGGAAUUUGAAUUGAACAUCAUGAGCUGGAAGUAGCUUCUUUUUUUGCUAAUAAGUAUCUGAUAGUCUUGUGCUUUGCUAAAACUGCUCACUGGAAAUAUAGAAACAUUGAACCAGUUCAAAGCUAUGUAUUUUUUUUUUCUACAAUUUGGAAAGAAAACAUUGUGUUAUUGAAA